AAGCCGCAAACGACUGGCUGUCGGAGCGGAUGGCUGUUGUUGUUGGUGUUGGUUUUUAUUCCCCUCCUCACGCUUUGUGGAGGACGGAGUCUCUCCUCUCCCUCCCACUCCCCCUCCCCCUCCCCACCCUUCCCCUUCCCUCGCCAUCUCCCCUUCUCCGCAUCGUCUGAGAUCGCAGCCGCAAUGGGAGCCCCGUCCCCGACGCUCCCGAUCCGCCCCUGAUUGAUGGCCGCCCGGCCAUGGACUACGACGCUGCCACCGCCGCCGGGGUCCACAUGCGCGGGGUCGCCAGAGCGGGACCCUCCGCGCCCGUGACGGAGGCCGCCUCGUCCCUGCCGCUCCGGCCCACCAUCGAUGGAGAGACAAUGUGGCAGAUGAGCUUGAGAGAGAUUGAAUCCAUGGAAUCUGGACCAUAUCCAGAGCGUCCGGGAGAGCCAGACUGUACUUAUUACCUCAGGACUGGCCUCUGCAGAUUUGGGAUGACUUGUAGAUACAAUCAUCCUCCAAAUAGGCAGAUGGCUAUUGCUGCAGCAAGAAUCAAGGGUGGAUUUCCUGAAAGAGUUGGGCAACCUGAAUGUCAGUACUAUCUGAGGACCGGUACAUGCAAAUUUGGUGCUACAUGCAAAUUUCAUCAUCCUAGAGAUAAGGCAGGAAUUGCUGGGAGAGUUCAAUUAAAUGCUUUAGGUUAUCCAAUUCGUCCGAAUGAGACAGAAUGUGCAUAUUAUAUGAGAAAUGGAGUAUGCAAAUUCGGGAGCACUUGCAAAUUUCACCAUCCACAGCCUUCUAAUACAAUGGCUAAUGUACGUGGUUCGACCAUGUAUCCUGGUGUACAUUCUCCUACUUCCAGUCAGCAGUCUUAUCAUGGGGGUUUGACACCCUUGUCAAGACCUUCUUUUAUUCCUAGCCCUCGAUGGCAAGGUCUUUCAAGCUAUGCCCAAGUGAUUGUUCCUCAGGGUUUGGUUCAAGUUCCUAGCUGGAACACAUAUUCGGGUCAACUGGGGUCUGUUUCGUCUUCAGAGAGUCAGCUGCACCUGCCACGAACUACUCAGUUUUAUGGAACAUCACGACAGAAUGAAACAAUCACCGGAGUUCAAGGGACGAUACCCUCAUAUCGAUCCAGUGCUAUUCCUCUGGGCCAGUAUGUAUUGGCAAGGGAGAAUGUUUUCCCUGAGAGACCUGAUCAACCUGAAUGUCAAUUUUAUAUGAAGACUGGAGAUUGUAAAUUUGGUGCAGCCUGCAAGUUUCAUCAUCCUAGGGAGAGAUUACUUCCUCCCCCUAACUGUUUGCUGAGUCCAUUAGGCCUUCCUUUACGCCCUGGAGAACCCUUGUGCAUUUUUUAUUCUCGAUAUGGUAUAUGCAAAUUUGGCCCACAUUGCAAAUUCGACCAUCCUAUGGCAACACCCAUCGGCGUAUAUGCUUACAGUCUUCCAACAUCCUCUUCAGCUGAUGCAUUGGUUUCAAGAAAUUUACUUGUGUCCUCUUCUUCGGGGCCUCCAUCAUUGGAAGCUGCAACUGGGAAGUCUAGAUAGAUGACUUUGAAACUGUUCAGCAAGCAUCAGAAAAAUUUCUUCUCCUUUCUCAUAACCUUAUUAAGGCAAAUCUCUGUAAAUUGAGUUCCCACAUCCCUGUGCUGGUGAUGUACAUACAGUUCGUCACGAAGAACUGAGACUGCUCAUCUGAAGAUGCACUUACCAAUGGUGCCCUAUUCUUGUUGUUGUAUCAUGAUGCUGUUUCACUUUGCGAUUUAAAAAAAAAAAGGAGAGAAAAAAGGAUUCUUUGUUUA